AAUCACUUUGUGUUGCUUGGCCGUGCUGGCUUUGAUUUACUCAAAAUCCGUCAUCAAGAGAUUAGGUUGCACUGCAUUGCGGAGUGUUGGCGCUGAUUUGACGUGUUCAUCGAAUUACACAGCCGACGCGCGUUACGAUCUCGCUGCAUCACCAAACACCAUGUUGGCAACCACAUCGCCAUGUCGACUUUCGACGGCACCGUCCAGGAGUUUCCUGACAUACAAAUCGAUCAAUUCAACAGAACUGGAUCUGUGCGAGCAGUAUUGGCGAAUUUCUUAAGCCAUGUUCACUCUGACCACCUCGUCGGGCUUGAAACAUGCAGCAGCUUCGUCUAUUGUUCUAUGGCAACACGUCAGAUCGUCCUCCGUCUCGAAGAGCGAUACCACCGCGUCAACUUUGCCAAUGGUCGACUCGAGGUCCGAAAACGGGACUACACCAAAUUGAAGUUAUUGUUGAAACCGUUGCCUCUGGAGACGCCAAUUGAAAUUGAGCUGGCGCCUGGUAAUAACAUUCGCGUGACAUUGUUCGAUGCCAAUCACUGCAUCGGUGCUGUAAUGUUUUUGAUAGAAGGGGAUGGAAAGGCGAUCCUCUAUACUGGCGACAUUCGAGCCGAGGCCUGGUGGGUGGAUACUCUGACGAGACAUCCCGUUUUAUUGCCAUACGUUUGUUCGUCUAAUGGUGGUCCACUGAAGACGAUCGAUACGAUCUAUCUCGAUACGACUUUUGCAUCGAAGGCUGAUCCGUAUCGCGACUUUCCGUCCAAGGCUGAUGGCACACGAGAGCUUCUUGAGAAGCUCUCCAAGUACCCGUCUGACACAAUCUAUUACUUCGACUCCUGGACAUUCGGCUACGAGGAUGUCUAUCAAGCCAUGGCUAGCUUUCUCAACACUAGAAUUCAUGUCGACCAGUACAAGUACGGACUCUAUUUUGCACUGACGAAAAGUAAAGAACUCAGAGCUGUCGAGGCUGCCAAACUCAUAUCGACGUAUUGCGGCAAUCAUCUGCAAGUAGGUUGCCUGACAGCUGAUGCGACACAGGCUCGUAUACAUAGUUGCGAGGCAGGAACAGGGUGUGAUAUCUUGGACCAAAACUUCGUUCGGAUUACGCCGAUCAUAUCUAGGCAUAACGGCAGAGACAUGGCUGAGCUCGGUGCUGGUGGUGGUAAUGGAGAUACGGAUCAAAAUCGUGUCGAGCUAGAGACCAUCGACAGUGCCGUGAUCGCCCAGCUAAUCGAUCUCUGUAAGAGAAAACUCGCCAAGUGCCCAGAGAUUGCACAGAUGGUUGUACAGAUGCUGUCAAAUAUAUCCGGCACGUCCAGUACGCCGAUGGUCCUCGAGCGUGACGACUACGACAACAAGCUCCCCGAUGAUCUUGAUGCCAAAGAUCUCCUAAACGUGCUUAUGAGAAAAGCCCAACGCGAACAAAGCAAGAAAUCUGUCGCCGAGCAGGCAGGAGCUUCAUCACUCAUCAUCAACAAUCUCCCAUCGCGCAUCAGAUUCCCAUACUCCCGACAUUCUUCAUACAAUGAGCUCUGCCUACUCAUCAAAGCCUUCAAGCCGAAAGACAUUUUCCCAUGUACCGUCAACGAAAAGGGCUGGACCAUGGCCCACUCGAUGAGCUUUAUGUUCGGGCAUCUGUAUGAUACCCCCUUACUCUGCAGACAUGAUCAAUACAUGCUGUCACGGGCUCCGAUUGCUCGCAAAGCUACAAAGCGGACCAACAGCGAUGACUCUCAGGGGGUCGAUACUCACACCACAGACCCGAACACCGAGGAACGGAUCUCAACAGAAGAGCGGAGUCGAGAAGUUCAGCCAAUUUCCUUGGACGUUAGUUCGGCUUCAGAUGUGAUCCGCAAGCGUGUCAAGGUGGUCGAGCAGGUGUUGAGAAUUUCAGAUGUACAUCACUCGGCGCCAGAAGAGUUCGAUCCAUCCUCCAAAAUUAGGGCGUCAAGUGCUCCCACAACCGAACUUCCACCAGAUACGAGAAUCUUAAACUGCACAGCAGAUGCGCGAAAUAUACAUGCCCCACCCAAGCAGACUGUGGAGGUCGCGCACGUGUCGAGUAGACCAGAGAGCGCUUCAGCAUCAUGUUUCGAACUUGUCAUCGACGAUAAUUCGCAAACCUCGCACGAUCCUGUAUCAGUUGAAUCGGCCUUGCGAUCAGAUGCGUACAAAGCAGCCGCGGGCAUAGACGCAAGUUGGUUCGACAUCAACCUCAUCAGCCUGGGAAAUCACAGUGACUCAGAUAGGGAGUUAUGAGUAAUGUCACAUUGUUUACCUCACCCAUAUGCGUCUCCCAUGCCAUGAAGGCCACUCAUGGAGGCUCAUCAUUUCGUACAUCGUGUCAUCGUGCAAUAGUCAUCACCGUCCAGCGCCCUUUUGAAGUUGUGCCAUGAUACCUCCAUUCUUCUUCUUGCCCGCCCCAGACAAGACCGCUCCUCCGUCGACAUCCAUCGCAUCUUGAUCGUCACUUGGCAAGAGACCCUGUUCCCGCCUCGCCGCACGCGCAUUACUCAAUCUGGCCUCCAUCGAAGCAGCU